AAUUUGGAUAUUGCAGCUCUCAUGACUAUAAGACAUGCUCACAAUAAGUUCAAGAAGAACUGUAAUGUUCAAUGUGCUCACUGUAAGUUUAUGGGACAUACUAAGGCUUAAUGUUAUCGGUUGAUUGGUUAUACUCCUGAUUUCAAGUUUAAAAAGAAAUUUGGGAACAACAUUAGACCUAAUAUGAAGGAAAAUGAGAAUAGAGGACAUGCACACAAUGUGAGGAAUAAAGAAAGUAGGCCACACAUGGAUAGAGCACAGGCUAGGGCUGCUUAUGUUGAUUCCUACAACAGUGCAGGUUAUGAUAUAGGUUGUUCUGAUUCCAAUAAAGGUAGAGGAUUCAAUGGUGAUUGGAACAAAUUCUCAGGACCUUCCAAUUACUCCCAGAAUCAGUAUAAUCAAAUGCUGCAACAUAUUGACAAUCCACAAUAUUAUAAUCAGUUUAGAAAACUAAUGAGCAAACAAGAUACACCAGAGACUUCAACAAACAUGAGUAGGGCAUCAGACUCAGCAAACAUGGGAGGAUCUCUCAAGUGGGAAGGUGUUGGAGAUUGGUAAAGAGAAGGAGGGUCUAUACUUGCUGGAACAUACAAGGAACAAGAAUAAAUAACUAAUAAAAGGACUGAUUGCUACUAGAAAUAAAAUGGACAUUUUUCUAUGGCAUAAAAGGAUGGGUCAUGGAUCUGUUGGAACUAUGUAACCUUUGUUUAGUCUUGAUCAAGCUGAAUGUAAACAAGUUCUGGACAAUUGUGAAAUUUUUCCACAUGCUAGACAGACUAGGCCGCAUUUUGUUGUUAGUGAGACUAGAUCUUAUUCUGUUUUUGAUUUACUACACUUGGAUGUAUGGGCACCAUUUCUUAUCUCUACUUUUGAUGGCUAUAAAAUGUUCUUGACUA